UGUGCCCAACUUCGGCAAGUUAACUCAGAAAAACAGAUACAAUUUGCUUUUGAAAACAAGCAGGGCUCUCGUAUGCCCGACGACCGCUUUACGAGCAGAGCUCCCAGCACCCUAACCACUUUACGACUUUCUUCCAAGAAAGUAGGAGUGAGAGAAUUAGGGCGGGUGUGCAUCUAAGAGUAAAACUCUCGACAGUUGCUAUAGUAUAGUGCUCUGUGUGGAGUCUCGAAACUAAAGUCUACUAGAGCCACUGCCAGACAGUGGAUGACGCCAAUGAAUUUUCAUUGGCAAUCCAUUGGAAUCGUCCAAUCCCAUUUGUGAGGUUUUCUUUCCACAGAAAAGAAGAAUUUCGGGCAGAAUCUCUAACAUCAAUGAACGCACUGGUCUUGAGUGGAAAUUUCAAGAACGGUCAGGCGCCUGAGAGCUCUACCUGUAAGCAAGGUUCUCCAUUUUUUGUAAUAGAAUUAUUUCAUCAUAUUCCAUGCUGAACGGUGUAUUGUCAUUUUGGCAUUUUUGUCGCUCCAACUGAAAAUCGAGUUGUUUCUUGAUUAUUGUGAGUACAACUGGAUGCUGAUAUGGCUUCGACUCAAGUCGAUUGGAAUAAAUGUACGGAUGAACAGGAAAAAUUAUCCGCCAAGGUGUCUAACUUGAACAUAGAAAAACAACCUGCAGAAAAUGCAUCGAAUAAUACAGAAUCUAAGAAUGACGAUGGAACAGACGAACAGAUCACGCCAGCAGAAAAGUCAUUCUUGCAAAAAAUUAUACGUAAAGGGCUAGUAGUAACGAAAAAGAAUAUAGAAAUUCAAAGAAAAGAUCCAGCUUCGCCUUUAUAUAGCGUAAAAACUUUCGAAGCUCUUCAUCUUAAACCAGCUUUAUUAAAAGGAGUAUACGCAAUGGGAUUUAACGCGCCAUCAAAAAUCCAAGAAACUGCAUUACCGACAUUGCUCGCUGACCCGCCUCAAAACAUGAUAGCUCAGUCGCAGUCUGGGACUGGCAAAACAGCAGCAUUUGUGUUGGCGAUGCUAAGCAGAGUAGAUACAUCUAAGAAUUAUCCUCAAGUGCUUUGUUUAUCGCCAACCUAUGAACUAGCUAUACAAACGGGAGAAGUAGCAGCAAAAAUGUCUGCGUUCUGUAAUGAAAUUAAAAUCAAAUACGCUGUCAGAGGAGAAGAAGUAAGUCGCGGGUCAAAAAUUACUGAACACAUCAUUAUAGGAACACCAGGAAAAGUUUUAGAUUGGACUGUUAAAUUUAAAUUCUUUAAUCUGAGCGAGAUAUCAGUAUUUGUUUUAGACGAAGCGGAUGUAAUGAUUGCAACGCAAGGCCAUCAAGAUCAGUGCAUUCGUAUUCACAAGCAACUUCCACGCGAUUGUCAAAUGAUGUUUUUCUCCGCAACUUAUGAACCAGAAGUCAUGAAAUUUGCAGAGAUCAUAGUUAAUAAUCCUUUGAUAAUACGACUGUUAAAGGAAGAAGAGAGUUUAGAUAACAUUGAACAAUAUUAUGUAAAGUGCAAAGAUUUGGAAGAAAAAUAUGCUGCUAUUACUAAUAUCUACGGUGUGAUAACAAUAGGUCAAGCAAUCAUUUUUUGUCAUACUAGGAAAACGGCAAAUUGGUUAGCAGAAAAAAUGACAAAAGAUGGCCAUGCAGUGGCCGUUUUGUCCGGUGAAUUAACAGUAGAACAAAGAAUCUCUGUCUUAGAUCGAUUUAGGGAAGGUUUAGAGAAAGUUCUCAUCACGACGAACGUUUUAGCUAGAGGUAUCGAUGUUCAACAAGUAACGAUAGUAGUCAAUUUUGACCUACCCAUGGAUCAAAACUGGAAAGCUGAUUGUGAAACGUACUUGCACAGAAUCGGUCGAACAGGACGAUUUGGGAAAUCUGGAAUUGCUAUUAAUUUAGUAGAUUCGUCACACGCAAUGGCAAUAUGUAAGGAUAUAGAGACUCAUUUUGGGAAAAAAAUACGUUACCUUAAUGUUGAAGACGCAGACGAAAUUGAGAAAAUUGGAGCCUAGCUUAGUAUGUACGAUAUAUAAUUAUCCUUUAUAUCAAAUAUGCGUAGACAUUUUAACUGUUUUAAUAAAGAAACAAACUUUUUUUGCCAUGAAA